AUGUUUUCUGAGAGAUUCCUUCUUCUUUUUACCCUUCUAGUUGAGUGUUUACAAGCUCAGUUCGUAUCGAACGAAAGUAUAAAGGUAGGCGUUUGGAUACUGUUGGUUUGGAAUGAGAAUCACUUGCUUUUCAGCUUCACGAUAUCCUGAAACCAUCAGAUACUCAUCGUCUCUUCGACACAUUACAGUAUUCAGUAGAGGAACAAUAUUCCAAUUCUCACUUAUCUUUUGUAAGUGGAUUCUUUGACUCUUUUAUGUUCUCAAUUCAUCUCUCAUUCCAGGACGCUUCAACUAUCUAUAACUAUUCGGAGAAACCGAUCUCGAUUGGAAGACUUAAUAGGAAAUAUAGGUAACUUGCGGUCUCUUUAGUUUUCUAAAACUGGGUUACAGAGAUAUACUGUACGAAGGAGACAUGGCAAUCACUUACAAACAGUUGAGCCUCAUUGUAAAUGGCUCCACAGAGUAUCGGAAAGCAGCAAAACGGCGUCUCAGCGGAAUCAAAGCGGAUCGAAGCAAGCGGCAAGCGUAUUUGGAUCAGAACUAUCCGGCGACGAUUUGGAAGAACGGAGUGCCUUUUGUCUUUCAUUCAUCGCUUUGUAAGUUUGUCAUUCUCAUCUUAUUCUCGUUGAGACUCUAUAGCCUUUUGCCUUUUUAGCUGCUGUAGCCAAGAAUGCGAUUCUGAAAGCGAUUCACUUCUGGUACCGGGAGACUUGCAUUGAAUUCCGACCACGGACGUUCCAGAAAGAAGUGAAUUUCCAGAAAGAAUCUUGAGUAGGCAGGUCGUUUUCAGUAUCUCCUGUUCAUUGGAAAUGACGACGGAUGCUGGAGUACUGUAGGAAGAGACGCGUCGCAGGGAAAACAGGUUGUGAGCAUCGGAGAGGGCUGCGAGCACGUGAGUCACAUAGACGUCCCAAGUAUGUGAGAAAUGAGCGCUUUCAGUUCGGAGUGACCUCUCACGAACUGGCGCAUGCACUCGGAAUCUUCCACGAGCAAUCAAGGUUCGACAGAGACGAUUCGGUCAUGUUCAACCCGCGCGUGGUCGACAGAGAGCUUCUGUUCAACUUUGCAAAGGUAUGCAACAUCCAUCAAAUGACAUCAGAAAUUAUGGGUUUCGCAGAUCUCUCCUCGCCAAAUGUCCACGUACGGACUGCCGUAUGACGUGGGAAGCGUCAUGCAUUACACACCAACUGAGCUAGUCCCAAUAAUGUUACUUUUGAGGAGUUUAUUCAAAUUAAUACAGAUUCUCAACGAUUCCGUCCAUUCCGACGCUCACUGCCAUCGACACGAGCCUUCAGCAAACGAUGGGACAAUUGGAGGGACCGUCUUUCAUCGAUGUGCUCAUUAUGAAUCAACAUUACAAGUGUCAAGGUGAGCUCUAUUUCUCUUCUGUCCCAUCCUAUUAUUCUUUAUCCUACAGAGAAAUGUGCUCAGCAAGCUCCGUGCGUGAACGGAGGCUUCACAAACUCGCGAAACUGCAAAGUGUGCAAGUGUCCGACUGGAUUCGGAGGUCCUUUCUGCGAGUCCAUCGCCCCCUCAUUUUCGCCGUUUUGUGGCGGUGCUCUUGAAGCGGAAGAGGUCGGAUACGUGAGAAAAUGGCUGUCAUUGUUGGUUUUCAGACGGCUCAAAAGUUCGAUAUCACAAUUCGGCAGUCAACAGACAUUCGCUCGAAAACUUGCGUUUAUCACAUCAAGGUGACGUUGUUUUGCGAGGGUUUUCGUUCAAAAGUUAACAUUGUUAGGCUCCCGAAGGAAAGAAAAUCAUUGUCGAAAUACUGAAAGUCGACUCGACGUGCAUCGAGGGAUGCUAUCAGGACGGACUGGAAUUGAAGAUGAAAAGCGACGUUCGACCCGUCGGAUACAGGUAAGCAAUACAGAUUUUCUAGUUUUACGCGCAAAACUUCAGAUUCUGCUGCCCUGAAUCGUUACGUCGAAAGUUGGUGUCCGAAGGAAAUCGAGUCCCGUUCCUGGUUUAUUCGAGAGAAAAAGAUUUUUCAGUUUCUUUCGAAUACUCUUUUGGUGGGCGAAUUCUCGGAAAACAGCCGCAAAAUUAGUGUUUUUGCAGUGGAUGCAGCUGCCGGAUUCGACGAUGUCACCAGCGAGAACGCAGUCCUCCAGAAUCCCCAAAACGAUAAUUCCGACGGCGUCAACGUCUCGAUCACUCCAUCCAUCGAGAAGUUGAGAUUCCGCAGACAUUUGUAG